AAUGGCCACUAAUUAAAUUACUAAAACUUUAAAACCGCCGCAAUAAAAGUCGAAAAUCUAAUUACCUUUGUCGAAUGCACAAACGUCCAUUGUUACAACAAUCGAGAACGUGUGUCGGUUUGUGUUGACACAUCCUAUUGACGUUUAUACAAAAUUCUACUGAAUGCUGUUUCCGAAUUAAUUAAAAUAAAAAUGUUCACCUGGCUGAGCGCGAAGACGGAAGACCGCCGUGAAGUGUACACGAACGUGGCGGAGGGCAUGAAACUGGUCUACAAGCACAAUUUGCUGCCGCUGGAACAGCACUUUCUGUUCCACGACUUCCACCGUCCGCCGCUGGACGACGGCGAUUUCGAGUCGAAGCCAUUAAUCCUGCUUGUCGGGGAAUAUUCGACAGGAAAGACCACCUUCAUAAAGUACCUCCUGGAACGGGAUUUCCCGGGAAUGAGAAUAGGUCCGGAACCGACGACCGACAGAUUCAUAGCCGUGAUGUAUGACGAGAAGGAGGGCAUGAUACCGGGCAAUGCGGCCGUCGUUGACUCCAAAAAACAUUUUGCACCGCUCUCGUCCUUCGGCAACGCCUUCCUGAACCGAUUUCAGAUCUCCUUCGUCAAAUCGCCCGUGCUCAAGGGCAUGUCCAUCAUCGAUACACCCGGAAUUUUAUCAGGUGAGCAGCAACGCAUUGACCGUGGCUACGACUUUAGCGGCGUGCUGGAGUGGUUUGCCGGUCGGGCGGACCGCAUAAUUUUGAUGUUCGACGCCUACAAGCUGCACAUAUCGGACGAGUUCCGACGCUGCAUCAUGGCGUUGCGGGGCCACGACGACAAAAUACGCAUCGUCCUGAGCAAGGCUGACAUGCUCAACCACCAGGAGUUGAUGCGGGUGUAUGGGGCGUUGAUGUGGUCCUUGGGACAGUUGUUAGAGACGCCGGAGGCGGUUAGGGUGUACAUAGGGUCGUUUUGGAACGAGCCCUCCAGAUCCUCAGACGUCAACAGACGAUUAUUCGACGACGAGGCUCGAGACCUGUUCAAGGACCUGCAGGGACUCCCGAGGAAUUCGGCCAUGAGGAAGCUUAACGACCUGAUGAAAAGGGCUAGAUUAGCAAGAGUUCAUGCCUACAUCAUAUCUGAGCUCAAAAAGGAGAUGCCCGUGUUCGGGAAGGAGAGCAAAAAGAAGGACCUCAUCGGGCACCUACAACAAAUUUACCAAAGGAUCGAGUCGGAGAGGAACAUCCCCUCCGGAGACUUCCCCAAAAUUGAAAAAAUGCAAGGCCUACUCAGUAAGUUUGACUUUACUAAGUUCCACAGUUGGAAGCCCAAGCUGUUGGAAGCACUCGACGACAUGGACAAGGAGAUUUCGAGCCUCAUGUCGAUCAUCUCCACCGACACGUACGCAGAAGUGAACGUUAAAGAUGGCAUCUUCGCAAACAUUGAACCAAGUGACACGCCGUUUGGAUACAAGAGUUGUGAGGGCAUAAACGCAGGCUUCGGCGAAGCCGACUGGAUCGUAAACAGACACAGAGACAAUUACGACAAAAUCUUCGACGCGAGUUGUCACGAAGGUGACAAAAUGCCAGGAUCAGUUGCCAAAGUACACAUGUUGACUUCAAAGCUACCCAACAACGUGUUGAGUAAAAUUUGGCGACUGGCGGACGUCGACAAGGAUGGCCACCUGGACAAAGACGAAUUUGCUUUGGCCAUGUAUCUUAUUGAUCUUAAAUUGAGCGACAACGAGAUCCCUGUGGAGCUGCCAACACAUCUUGUACCUCCCAGCAAAAGGACUGCUUACAAGAAGACUUAAAUAAAUUAAAGUGAUUCCAAAACAUUAUUUUAUUAUAAAUUAUAAUUACAAAGUAGAAUAUUCAUGAGACAUUAAAUAAAUUAUACUUUACCAUAGAGA